AUGCCGAAACCGCUCACAAUCACGGCUGUCCCGUUCAAGCCCUCCAGGCUUUCCAUUCCCCCAUCCCCCUUCUCCCCCCGUCCGCCCCUGACUCCCUCAUCUCCACCAAAGGCAGGCUUGCUGGUGUCAGCUGGAAACAAGCGCGAACUCUCAUCUCCCAGCACGCCACCGCCAUCACCGCCGCUGAAGUGGAUCUGGCAGUGCCACAUCUGCCACCGAGCCUACCCACUCGGCACGACCAGAAGGUGUCUGGACGACGGCCAUUAUUUCUGCUCUGGCGUGACCACGGUCAAGACAUGGCGAGCUAGCGUCAAUCGGAGGAGGAGCAAGAGGACGAAGAAACACCGGGCUUGCGCAAGCGAGUUCGACUACAGCGGGUGGAAGGCGUUCGGGGAGUGGCGGCGCAACGAGGGGGCCAUCCGCAACGCCUCCUUCACUGACAUUGUGGACUUUAGCACCGACGACGACAGCAAAAACAAAGUCGCCCGCAGUUGCUGGGAUGGCUGCGACUUCCCUUCCGAAUGCCGUUGGGGCUCGCAUCACGGUGCCCAAGCCUCGAGCGCCGCGUCGCCCAUCCUACCUUCUCCCGAAGGAGGGCAAGAAGAAGAAGACCCUCUGACCAUCGUCGGCAUCGAGCUCGCGCCGACGCAACCCUUACAAGCGGACAGCAUCAAGCUCGACACCGACUUCACGCCGCCCACAACCUUCGACGACAUCCUCGACCGCCAUCAAGAAGGUGAGCUCUCGCCACUGUCGCCCAAGGACUUGCGCGACCGCUUCUGGGACGGCAUCCUCGAUUCGGCGCGGCAGCGCAGGUCGGCCAAGUCCGCCAAAGCGCACUCGCCGCUCGCACUGCACCCGGUCAUGGAAGAAGAUGAGGAGCCUGACAACCUCGUUCGUGCCGAGCCCGUCUUUCUCCAUCACAACUCGGGAGUGCAUCCGUCGUCCCGGUCUGCGGAAGGUACUUUCUCGCAGAGGCGGUUCGACGCGCUGCCAGAGGCGGAGCAAGAGUGGACCUUGCAAGUCCCGGAGCCAGCUGUUGUGGCGGGCCACGGCUUUGACUUUGGGUUCGAAAUAACGGGCGACGGAAUGGACGCCGGCAUUCAACGUGUUGAGAGUGAGGCAAAUGGGAGAAAGCUGAGGAGGAGAAAAUAG